UUGUAAAGAGUAUAAAAUACUAUAAAACUUUUGUAUAGAACAUUUUCUUAUAAACCUUAUAUUUUUAAAGAUAUUCGCCAAAAACGAACAAAUGCGUUAUUUCCUAGGAGUGGUUUCAACACCUAAACGUCGAUAUACGUGACUAAAAAAAUUUGGUCUAAUACUCUUUUACGCUACAACAUUUCCAAAGCUCAUUGAAAUCGAUGAGGGUUACUUUCGAUCGUUUUCUUGUAAGGUGCAAUAUCUCCGGAUUUAAGUCUCAUUUUCAAUAUAAACGCAUUAAAUUAAAGGAUUAGGUGUCAUUCUAUAGCAUCCGGGAAAAAUAGUCUAAUUUUAAUAAUUUUUUAAUAAAAAAUAUAGUGAAUAGAAUACAAAAUUUGUUUAAAGGCCUUUAUUGUAUAUACUUUUAAGUGUAUUUACGAAUUAAAAAAUGUUUUUGUCACAUAAUGACGGCGCCAGAGCUAACUAAAGGAAAACCCCUUCUUUGGUUUAGAGAUUUUAAAAGAUUUAUGUAAUCAAAAAACAGUUAACAGAGAAUAAUUAUUAAAAAAUUGUUUGUAUUAGAAAUAAGUUACUUUGACAUUAUCAUUACAAUUAUCAUAUGAUAAUUUUGCUUUUUUAUACUCAACAAUCAAAAUUGAGUCAACAAUCAACAAUUGCUGUGAAUAACCACAUAAACCUAAUAAAUACAUGCGGCAAUGUAUUUCUCACUCUUCUUUUUUUCUGUCGUCCUAGUACAGAUCUAUAUUACAGAUCAAGAAAAACUACGUAUAUAAAUUUUCUGGUUUCACAAAAGUGCAAUCAAGUUCUUCAGAAAGUUUAUCUCGAGUAUAAUAAGAUUUGGCAACAAUCUCGUGUGGAAAAAUAUGCAAAAGGAACAAUUAGAUUCAGUUAUUACAAAUCCAGGUAUUUCGAUUAAAGGAAAAACAGCUGACAAGAAAUUGAAUGAAGAAAUACCUAACAAAUGCCUAAGGAGAGAAAAACAGCUUUCUAAAUGGCAUAUUGUACCAAAUAUAAUAAAUCGCCAAAUAGAUAGUUCAUUAUUCCAAAGAAAAUAUUAUGAUUCUUUAAACGCAGUAAAGCGGCUUAAACUUUGGAAUUUUAUUGAUGAAGAAUCUUUGAUAACGUCCUUAAAUUUCAACGAAAGAGGAAAUUUAUUGGCGAGUGUCUAUGGAACUAAAAUUUCUAUUUGGAAUUGGGCUGUAGAAAAAAGGAGUCACUUGUGUGAUAUAACACGUUUUGUUGACAGUGACUUCUAUUCUAAUCUGUCAACUAUCUACACUGUAAAAAAUACUAAAUGGUUACCAUUAGAUAUGGAAUCUCUUAUGAUUGCUUCUUAUAAUAAUGGAGAAAUAUGGUUAAUUAAUUUGGAAACCAAACAGUGGACAUUCUUGGGUCCAGAGCGUGAUGUGUCUCAAGAGCAUGAGAUAAGCACUGCAUUUAGUGUACAUUCUGAAACACCUUAUAUGAUUCUUGUUGGUAAUAAGAAUGGACAGGUGUUUUCAAUGGAUAUCCGGAACGGCGCAAUAAGGGAAUUACUUACUGUAAAGGAAGAUUUGAUAGGGAUGCAUCUAUUAAAUAUAGAUUUAAAUCCUUAUAAUAGUAAUGAAUUUUGUAUCACCGGCUUCAGUCGUUACGUGAGAGUGUACGAUCGGCGAAAUGUUUCUAUGCCGCUUCUUAAAUUGUGCCCGAAUUCUAUGACAAAUCAAUACAUUACAUUUGUGUACGCUAUGUAUAAUUACAAUGGAACUGAAAUUCUGACAUUGAUUGAUAUGGAAAACAUAUAUCUAUUUGACAAAUUAACAUCAUCAAAUUGUGAAGCUCAUAAAUAUCAGGACUCUAGUAUCACCACUUUCGUGCCGCAAGUUAAAUUUUUUGGAUCUAAAAGCGAAUAUGUUAUGUGUAUUUCCCAAUGCGGUGGUAUAUUUAUUUGGGACAAAAAUACGAAAGUUCUUGUAAAACGCAUGACAGGAAAUCGUCAUAACAGGCUUGAAGUGCAUCCGCACCUGCCCGUAUUUGUGACAGCCGAAAAAGGUAUCUGCAUAUGGCAUCCGUAAGAUUUCAUAAAAAUAUUUUUACUCGUAAUUAUGUAAUUGAAGAGCGAUUAUUUAUAUACAUAUAUAUAUAUAUAUGUGAGUGUGUGUGUGUGUGUGUGUGUGAGUGUGUGUGUGUGUGUGUGUGUGUGUGUGUGUGUGUGUGUGUGUGUGUGUGUGUGUGUGUGUGUGUGUAUUAUGGUCAAAACCCGCAGCGCGGGCGUUCCUAGGAUUGACUGGUCAAUGCGUGGAACAACCAAGCGUUUUAGUCAAAGUCUGAAGUAAUUUUUUUAGUUUCUAACUUUGACCAGCCAUGUUAGUCACUCCUAGGAUGGACUAAAAACACAUCAGUUAAAAGCCAAAAUACAAAACUAUUUCGGACUUUGACCAAAACGCUUGGUUGUUCCGUGCAUUGACCAGUCAAUCCUAGGAACGCCCGCGCUACGGGGUUUGACCAUAUGUAUGUACUGGUCAACAAAAUUAACGCAUAUAAAAAUUUGUAUCAAAAUUUUGCAUAAUUUCAAAUAAGUAUAACACCGCCAAAAAUUAUCGCAUUUUUAUUUGCCAAAAAGCAUUUUAAAGCUUGAACUCUCUACUUUCGGAUGAAUUUUGGCGAUUUUAAUUAUCUUUUUUUUUAUAAAACGGCACAAUGAUAAAGCUUAACCCGUCAAAAUAAAAAUUUUUAUGUAAUUUUGUUGCAUUGCAUCUGUUGUGAAAAAAUUCGCGAAGACUUUCUGCUACUUGCAUCUUACAGCGGAAUCUUUUCCCUUUAUUUUGAAUGGUUAUUCAUCGCUGUGCGAUUUUUUUUUGAUCAAGUUGUUCAGAUUUUAAGAAAAAAUCGUAAUUUUAAUUUUCAACGUUUAUUACCUGUGAAUAGAUCAAUGUGUGUACAGCGCUCCGCAAAAAAAAAAAAA